AUGUCCACCACUCCCGCUGCCGCCCCCCCUACCAACGGCGAGACCGUCGCCCCCGAGUCGAUGACCAGCCGCGACUACUACGCCGACUCGUACGCGCACUUUGGUAUCCACGAGGAGAUGCUCAAGGACACUGUCCGCACCAUGUCGUACCGCAACGCCAUCAUCCAGAACAAGCACCUCUUCAAGGACAAGGUUGUCCUCGAUGUCGGCUGCGGUACUGGUAUCCUCUCGAUGUUCGCCGCCAACGCCGGUGCCAAGCAGGUCAUCGGUAUCGACAUGUCCAACAUUCUCGACCAGGCCCAGAAGAUCAUUGACGCCAACGGCUUCUCUGACAAGAUCACCUUGAUCAAGGGCAAGCUCGAGGACAUUGAGCUCCCCGUCAAGGAGGUCGACAUUAUCAUCUCGGAGUGGAUGGGCUACUUCCUCCUCUACGAAUCCAUGCUCGACACUGUUCUCCUCGCCCGUGACAAGUACCUUGCCCCCGGCGGUCUCCUCUUCCCCGACACUGCCACCAUCUUCCUCGCCGCCAUUGAGGACCAGGACUACAAGGAGGAGAAGAUCAACUUCUGGGACGACGUUUACGGCUUUGACUACUCGUGCAUCAAGGACAUUGCGCUCAAGGAGCCCCUUGUUGACUGCGUCGACCUCAAGUCGGUGGUGUCGCAGCCUUGCGCCAUCAGGCACAUUGACAUCCGCACUGUCACCAAGGAGGACCUUACCUUCAAGGUCCCCUUCGAGCUCAAGGCUCAGCGCAACGACUACGUUCACGCUUUCCUCGGCUGGUUUGACAUUUCGUUCUCGUGCUGCCACAAGCCCGUCCAGUUCUCCACUGGCCCCCACGCAAAGUACACCCACUGGAAGCAGACCGUCUUCUACACCCCGGAGACCCUGACCGUGUCGCAGGACGACACCAUCAAGGGCACUCUUACCUGCGCUCCUAACGCGCGCAACAACCGUGACCUGGACAUUGAGAUCGAGUACGACGUGUCGGGCGCUGAGGCCACCAAGGGCAAGAUGGUUUACAAGAUGUCGUAA